CUUUAAUGUAAAUCUGAGAAAACGUUUUCUGCAAACAUUUCACAGCUUUUUGUCUGUAAUUUAAUAUUUGUUUCAUUAAUUGAUUUACAAUUCAUUGAACACUCAAUCGCUUAUUGAAAGCCAAACCAGUCGUUGGGAACCAUUGCCUCGAAGUGGACAUCAAAUCAUCCAUAGUUUGGACCAUCGAUUACAUGUGACAUAUCGGGCCAGAAAUGCCCCGCUCUUUCAGCAACUCCAACCGAUCCCUAUUCAUCCGCAAUGUGGCUGAAGUGACCAGAUCCGAAGACUUGCGGAAUCUAUUCGGCGAUUACGGACACGUGACUGAUGUCUAUAUACCCCACGACUACUACACCCAUAGGCCCCGGGGCUUCGCAUACGUUCAAUAUCCUUAUCAUUCAAUACUCAUUUGAUUUACAUUUAUUCAAUCAUUGUUUCAUUUUGUAUGAAAUGAUGACAUUUUUGCUAAUUUUAUGACAUUUUACUGAUUUGUUGCAAAAAUGGAUCGAUAGGUCUGACCAUACAUUGAAUGCUUGACAUAACUAACCAUUAAUUUACUAUAAAAUAUGACAUUUUCCUUAACAUUAAUCUGAUAUUACGUUCGAUGAGUUGAGAUCAGCUGAAGAGGCGGUACACAACUUGGAUAGGGUUCGGCUGUUCGGAAGGGAACUGGAGGUUGAGUUCGCACAGGGAGACCGAAAAACGCCGUCAGAAAUGCGGGUCAAAGAGCGCGGCCCUCCCUUCCGGAGCGGCCAAAGCAGUCGCAGACAUGUCUCCCGAAGAGACGAUCGCAGACACAGAUCCCGAUCCAGAGACAGGACUUCCAAUCGACGACGUUCGCGUCAUCGGACCCGCAGUCGGAGCCGUUCUCCCCAUCGCUCUCAUAGACAUCGACAUACCUCUCACAUCACGCAAAGGUCACGAACACAGCCAUCACUCGAAGAGUAGCCGAAGUAAUAAUAAUAACAAUAAUAAUAACAACGAUAAAGAGACCGAUGAAUACAAAUCGGAAGAGAAUCACACAAAUGAUGCCGACAUUGAGGAACGGGAGUACAGAGAGGGCGACAGAGAGGAGACUGAUGUGAUCGUUAAGGAAGAGGAGGAGGAGGAGGAGAGGGCCGACUCGGCCAACACGAGUCCGUCGAGUAUUGAGCGUACGAAUGGCGACCGACACUCUUCUGGUGACGAAUCAAAAGAAGACAAUUCUCUCGACCCUAACAGUGUGGACAACCAAAGAGAUAUGGAUCUGUCUGUGAAUGGAAGCGCUUGUGAGCCGAAGACGGUGUUCACUGACGAUGAGUUCAAAAUGCCCGACAGGUUUGUCCACGAGUUGGAGGCGCUCGAGAGGAGGACUAUGAGCGCCGACAUCAACCACUCCUUCAACUCCCGCGCGUCUGUCUUGAGACGAUUUGACCCAUUGGUCGAUACCAUGGAUUUGUCGGAUUUGGUCCAAAAGACCAAUCAUUUCAGUUUCAACGACAAGAGUAGGUCUGAACUCAUUGAACACAACAUCACUUUGAAUGCCACCGAAAGUCGUGUGCGAAACGAGACCAUCGAUGGCCUCACAUCUCAUGACAUGUCGUCGAUGAGACACAACGAGAGCACAACUCUCAUGAACUUCAAUAGUCCCGUAAAUGUGCCGAAUAUGAACUCAAGAGCUGAUCCAUUGACUGAACAAAAUGACACAAAUAAUGGCCAAAACUGUGAUGAAUUGGUGAAUGAGUUGCGAAUAAAAGAGUUGUUAUUUCAGGAGAAACUCAUUGAAAAAGACCGACAAAUGCAUGGUUUGGAAGAGAAUCUGAAUAUAAUUAGCAAUAACUGCGAGAAAUACGAGGUUUUGCUUCAUUUGCUUCACAAUUGCAACGAAGAAGUGGUGGAAAUGGCGUCUCAAGUGAUCGACGAUCUGAUGACCGACAAGAAGGAGCUGAUGGACAGAUGCAAUGAAAUGAGUGCUGAAAGGAGUCAAGCGCUCGAAGAAGUGAAUAACGUGGAGAAGAACUUCUAUGAAGUGCACAACCGGUACGACAAGGUUAGGACAGCUCUCGAAGAGUCCAAACUCAGGGAAAUGCAGUUCAAUGAGCAGUAUAUGGAACUGAUGGACAAACUUCAAGAGAAGGAACACAUGUAUGAACUCCUGAAGAGUAAAGCGGAGGAGAAGAUUGAACAUGCCAAUAAUUACAUCGAAAGCUCGCGACGAGAGUGUGAGUCGGAACUGAUUGCAGUGAAGGCUCAGCUCAAGAGGUCUGACAUGAAGAUCAAUGGCCUUCAGCUACAACUCGAACAGAAGACUAAAGAGAACGACGAGUUGACCAAAAUGGUGGACGAGUUGAUCGCAAACGUCGAGAAGUAAUCCAUUGAUUGCCUUCUAAUUGGGUUUAAUAGAAGAUAUUAUUGUUUAUUCAGUUGCUUUCAAUUCGUAAUAUUAUUUCCAAUAUUAUUAUUAUCAGU